AUGUUAUUAGCAGAAGUUCAGAAAGCCCUAAGAUUAGCUGUCGGCCAUUCCUUGGAUCUGCAAAGGGCGGAUGGAGCUUGGUGCGGAGAGGUUCAUUCCAACGCCACAUUCACUUCUCAAUACGUUUUUCUACAACAACAGAUUGGCCUGCCAUUGGAUCCCACCGAAAUCGAAGGACUGAGUCGAUGGCUGUUCUCCCAACAGAAUGAAGACGGCUCAUGGGGCUUGGGGCCUGGUCUUGGGGGAGACGUAUCAACCACCACAGAGACCUACCUUGCCCUCAAAAUCUUGGGGGUUUCCCCAGAGGACCCUCGCAUGGCGGCGGCACGUACAUCGAUAAUAAAGGCCGGCUCAUUACCUGCCACGAGGAUGUUCACCCGCGUAUUUUUGGCUUCAUUUGGCCUGAUUCCCUGGAGCGCCGUACCACCUCUGCCUGCUGAGCUGAUUUUGCUGCCUACCCUGUUCCCCGUGAAUAUCUACAACCUCUCUUCAUGGGCUCGGGCUACUUGCGUCCCGUUGCUCUUAAUCAGGCACCACGAACCGUUGCACAGCCUACCAAACGGGCGUCAUGCUGAAAAUGACUUCUUAGACGAGCUGUGGACCAAAGAUAUUCCAAGGGACUUUUGCUAUACGACGCCUCUGAGCAGGAUGUGGAGGCUUGGAGAUUAUGCUGGCAUUUUCUUCACUAGUGCAGAUCAUGGACUCCGUUUCCUUGGUCAAUACUUCCACUCGCCCCUUCGAAACCUCUCUCGCAGGAAGAUUAUUAACUGGAUACUCGACCAUCAAGAACAGUCCGGCGAAUGGGCAGGAUACUGGCCUCCUCAACACAACAACAUCUGGGCGCUCUCACUCGAAGGGUACUCGCUAGAUCAUCCCGUGCUGCGGCGUGGCAUCGCUGCUGUGAAAAGUUUUGUCCUCCAUGAUGCGACGGGGAUGAGAGCACAAGUCACGGUUUCUCAGGUAUGGGAUACAGCAUUGAUGAGUAUUGCACUCAGCGACUCUGCUCCGAGUACAGGAAUUAUCAGCCCCACCCAGGCGAUUGACUGGCUCAUGCAUCACGAAGUGGCUUCACACCGUGGAGAUUGGCGAGUGCUACGACCUAAACUAGCAACGGGCGGGUUUUGUUUUGAAGAAUUUAACACACUUUAUCCGGAUGUUGAUGACACUGCGGCUGUAAUCAUGGCCCUUAUUAAAAGCAAUCCUGCGCAUUUGAUAUCGGGCUGCGUUAGACGUGCGGCACAAUGGAUCCUCGGUAUGCAGAAUAGAGACGGUGGUUGGGGAGCAUUUGACUGGAACAACGACAAAUUCUUUCUCAACAAGAUCCCCUUCAGCGACAUGGACAGUCUUUGCGACCCAAGCACCCCGGAUGUUACCGGUAGAAUUAUAGAGUGCUUCGGGAUGAUGAUGGCUGGCCGACACGGAUAUUCAUUGGAUUGCCAGCUGGAAAACCGGCUGCGAGCUUCAUCUCAGCUCGCCAUUGCUUACCUUCUCGGUUGUCAAGAGAACAAUGGGUCAUGGUGGGGGAGGUGGGGAGUUAACUACCUCUAUGGCACCAGCAAUGUCUUGUGCGGCCUUGCAUACUACUAUGACCGGUCCAGCCUUUCUAAAGGUGACGUCAAGAGCAACAGCAAUAUUGUCAGCGCAGUGGAUCGAGCAUCGGAGUGGUUAAAGGCUCGUCAACACUCCAACGGUGGCUGGGGAGAAGGGCCCGAGUCGUAUGACAAUGCUCAAUUGGCUGGAUGCGGGCAGCCGACAGCUUCACAGUCGGCCUGGGUUACUAUGGCGCUCCUGAAUUACUUGUCACCAACUGAUGAAGUGAUUCAAAGGGGUGUUUCCUAUCUCGUCCGGAACCAGGUGAAGUACGGGGAUGAGAGCAGAGCAACAUGGCUUCUUGAAAGGUAUACGGCAACUGGAUUUCCAGGCCAUUUAUAUAUGGAGUAUGAUUACUACAGGCACUAUUUCCCUAUCAUGGCUCUAGGAAGAUAUGUAAACAAACUGUCUGGGUCUCACAAACUAUUAUAA